AGCCUCUCUGGUUGACUUUGUAGGAAGUAGAGAGCGGUUUGGGAUCGACCCUGAGAGCGCGUCGCGUGCUGUUUGAGCGCGCGCAGGAAUCGACUCUGAUCCAAACCGACACUAGUGAAUCAGACUGAGGUGAACACUUGCCCCGCCCUCUAAUUGACCAAUUCACAGCCACCUGCACUAAAGUCACCUGGUGGCGUAUCGGAGGACGCUGAGUUGGGUUUUUUGUUUGUUUUUUGAGGCAAGUGUUUUCCCGCCCACAUACAGUCAAUUAGCUUUGUUUAUAUAAGUGGAACAAGGUUAAUGUUAAUGUCAGACGGAUGUUAGGAGUCAGGAAACGUUUAACGUUUGCGCUGUCGUUCUCCUGAAGGCUUUUUACUGACUGAAAAUUUACCGCUUCCUGGACAGAAACAGUGGAUUAAGCCGUUAUUACUAUGGCUCAGGAGGAAAGUAAGCGGCUGGUAGUAGUGGUUCCCAACGAGACAUCCUUCCUGUCCCGCCGUGUGUUUACAAAUGAGGAUGAAGCCUGGAGGGCCUACCUGGAGAACCCUCUCACUGCAGCCACCAAGGCCAUGAUGAGCAUCAACGGAGACGAGGACAGUGUGGCGGCUCUCGGACUCCUGUAUGAAUACUACAAGGUUCCAAAAGAGAAAAGGCUCCUGUCUGUAGCUAAAUUACCAGAGGAAGAAAAAAGAAUAUGCCAUGGUGGUGUGGAAUCCAUGAAUGAGCGUGUUCAGGACACCAGAUCUCCCCCAGUCAAUCUCUCAGUCCACACAGACUCUCGUAGCACAGAGGUGAAGCGAGACUCAUACAGUGCAUUACUAGCAGAGGGGGGAGUGGUGGCAACCGUAAAGUCAGAGUCAGUGUAUUCUAACCAGCAGCAAGAGAGGCAGCCAUACCACCAUGUGCCUUACCAGCAGUCCACUCAGGAGGCACAUAGGAGUUAUAGUAAGGAAGAGCAGAGGAGCAUGCCAGAUAGCACCUUUGAAGACUCUUACAAUGGCGAGACUGUGCAGAAAUUCAGAGUGCCCACCACUCUAGGGGCCCAAGACGCUCUCUUUCAGCAGCCUGGAAUGAACACGCUCCAGUACAAUAUAGAAGCAAGCCGCUCAGUUCGGCAGAAGCCUGGCGAGGGUCCAAUGAUCUAUCUGAACAGAGGUCAGUUCUACGGUGUCACGCUGUGUGAGGCGGGCAUCAGUAAAGGCUUGCGCCAUCCUAUCAGCAAAGUGAGGAGUGUGGUGAUGGUGGUGUUUGGAGAGGACAAAUGUCGCGAUGAGCAGUUGAAGCACUGGAACUACUGGCACACCCGACAGCACACCGCCAAGCAGAGAGUCCUGGACAUUGCUGAUUACAAAGAGAGCUUCAACACUAUUGGGAACCUGGAGGAAAUCGCCUACAAUGCUGUCUCUUUCACUUGGGACAUUAAUGAGGAGGCUAAGGUGUUUAUCACAGUGAACUGUUUGAGCACAGAUUUCUCCUCACAGAAAGGCGUGAAAGGGCUUCCGCUUAUGAUUCAGAUUGAUACGUACAGCUACAACAACAGGAGCAACAAACCAAUUCACAGAGCUUACUGUCAAAUCAAGGUCUUCUGUGACAAGGGAGCUGAGAGGAAGAUUCGUGAUGAGGAGAGAAAGCAGAUGCGGAAAAAGACAAAGGGUCAUGUGGCUGGAGGGCAAGGUCACAAUGAUCUGGCAGGUAAAAGAGUAGGUCCUGGAGCAUUAAUGCAGAAGAGGUCAGACAUCACAUUUUUCAAAUCCAUAACAGACCUGGAAUCUCAGCCAGUGCUAUUCAUCCCUGAUGUCCAUUUCAGUAACAUGCAGAGAGCUGCACAGAUGUUUGGAUGUAGUUCUGAAGAAAUGGAGAGUGAUUGUGUGGUGAUGAAGAGGGUGGUCAAACAGUCUGAGGAUGAUCCCUGUCUUCCACCAACCAAACAGAGCAAAAGUGAUGCACCAAGGAGAGUUCUACUGUAUGUAAGGAAAGAGUCUGAUGAGGUCUUUGAUGCAUUAAUGCUCAAGUCGCCAACAGUGAAGAGUUUGAUUGAGGCUAUAUCAGGCAAAUACUCCCUUCCUCUUGAGAAGAUGAGUAAAAUCUACAAGAAGAAUAAGAAAGGGAUUCUGGUCAACAUGGAUGACAACAUCAUUGAGCACUACUCCAAUGAGGAUGCAUUUGUACUAAACAUUGAGCCUCAGGCAGAGUGCUUUCAGGUUACACUCACAGAAAUCUAAUGGCUGCAUUAAGACUAGUAGGUGGACUUAUAAUGGCCUUCUCGUCAACCAGUUAGAGAAGAACAAAUCAAAUAUGUAUAAAGCAGGAUAAAACAGAGUACCUAACUAGAGAAUACUGUAGAUUCUCUACAAAUGGGUGACAGACUGUGACAAACACCUGUAUACUUUCUUCUUUUUGUUCUCCGUGUUUAAGCUUGCACAAAAACAUAGAAUUUUCCCUGCGGUUCAUGCGUAGUAUUGUGUGUUCUGGAAAUAACUAGCCCAACAGGUUCUUUUAAGUAGCUUUCAGUAUUCUGCUUUUUAAUCCACCCUCAUGAAAUGAGGAGAAUAGGAAACAUCAUCACACAGUUGUACAUUCUUAAAGGUUUGCCUACUAGGAACUCUGAUGUCAUACAUUUUAACCUCUCUAAAAGGUGUCCUAUUGUCUCUUCUUUAAUAUAUGUUAGGGUAUAGUCAUGUGAAAAAAAUAAGUACAUGCCAUGGAAUUUUUAAAAUUUUAUUUGGAUAAGCAAACAUUUAUUCCUCUUUGAAACAGUGCCUAUUAAUGAAGGUGAUACACCUAUAAAAUGCCAAUUGUUUGUCAUUUUAUAGUAAUUUUCACUAUUUAAAUCAACAAAAACAGUUGCAUGGAAAAAAGUAAGUACAACUGAACAGUUAUCACACCUUCAACUCCAAACAGUUAGAAUCAGGUGUUGAAGACUGGGUGCCAGUGAUUAGAAGCUGCUUAGGCAGUGCAGGUGGAACCUGCCUUAUUUAAACCCCUCUCCUAGCUAAAGUCUCGUGUUCCCUUUGUUAUUGAGGUGUGUGGUGUCAUCAUGCCAAGAUCUAAAGAGAUCUAUAAAGCCUUCAGAAAAAAAGUUGUGGAUGCUUGAGUCUGGUAAGGGAUUUAAAAAGAGCUCCAAAUUAUUUGAAAUACAUCAUUCCACUGUAAGGAACAUCAUCUAUAAAUGCCGUAGAUUUCAAAUGACAGCCAAUGUGUCGAGGACUGGCUGUCCCAACAAAUUCAGCCCAAGAGCAGACUGUCUGAUGCAAAAAGAAGUCUCCAAGAACCCCAAAAUUUCCUCACAGGAUCUGCUAGUAAGUCUUUCACCUGUUGGUGUCUACAAUCAGAAAGAGAUUGCAGAAAUUGGACCUGCAUGUGAGGCAUGUCAGGAAAAAGCCUUUGCUGUCUAAAAAGAACAUUAACACAAGACUGCAGUUUGCCAAUGAGCAUAUAGGCAAAGAACAGGCUUUUUGGAAUAAUGUGCUCUGCACAGACGAAUCAAAGAUAGUUGUUUAGCCACAGUAACAGCAGACAUGUUUGGCGCAGACCAAAGACAGCUUUUCCGGAGAAGCACUUCAUACCAACUGUGAUGCACGGUGGUGGAAAUGUUAGGGUUUGGGGUUAAUUUGCUGCCUCAGGGACUGGACAACUUGCAUUCAUUGAUUCAACUAUGAAUCCUGCAUCAUAUCAAAGAGUGCUUGAAGAUAAUGUGAGGCCAUCUGUCUGAAAGAUGAAGUUGAACCGAAAGUGGACCUUUUAACAGGAUAAUGAUCCUGAACACACUAACAAAUCCACCAAGGAAUGGCUCAGAAAAAAGAAAUGGAAGGUCCGUUUGAAUGCUUGUCCAAAUAUGUCAAGAAAGCCACCAAUUUCCAUGGGGUGUAUGUAUUCUUUCACAUGACUGUAUGUGUAGAUUUAGUGCAUGUCUUUGCAACCUGUAUAUAUUUAAUGUCUUCAGCUUGUGUGUAUAUUUCUUUGUUAAUUAAUGUAAUAAACAGUAUAAUUUUUUUUUUC